AUGUUUUGGCGCUUUGGGGGAUAUGCGAGUAUCUCCACCAUCGAUACCCUGCUUGACAAACCCGAUGUCACUCUCGAAGAACUUCUGGAUGAGCCAGAAAUCAUUCAAGAAUUGAAACAGCUUAAUACAAAACUCAUUGAAUACCUGCGCGAGGAUCAUGUGUUGAAACGGCUUAUGGACUACGUGACUGCUCCAAGCUUAAUCAAUGAAGACGAAGAGAAUGACGAAGACGAUUCCGAUGCAACACAUGUCUCAGGUGAGAAUAAAACAGCUGCCGUCUCCGCGGAACAGGCGGACACCGAUGAGGAGAAGGAGGGCGACCCGUUGAAGGAUAUUCUUGACCCAGAUGACCUGGACAAGGUCGAGAAGAACCGGUUGAAGCACGCCUACAUCGCAUGCGAGGUCCUCUCAUCCGAGACAUGGUCUAUCUUGGAAUCUUUGAUGGCAAAUCCCGCGUACCUGCGUGACUUUUGGGGUUUCCUGCGACGGUCCCCACCCCUCGAUUCUUUGCAGGCAAGUUACUUUACGAAAGUCAACGAGACAUUGCUUGAUAAAAAGACAGAAGAGAUGCUGGAGUUCCUGAAGUCCCUUGAUGGAAUUGUCGCGGCGCUGUUGCAACAUGUUGAUAACCCUAUGGUCAUGGAUCUUCUCCUGAAAAUAAUCAGCUUAGAGAAAGCAGAGGGUGGCCAGGGUACUGUAGACUGGCUCAAGUCUCAGGAUCUUAUACCCACUCUUUUGUCCUUCUUAUCACCAGACCGUCCGGCCUCCGUUCAAACCUCAGCAGGUGAUUUCUUGAAAGCGAUCAUCACUAUCUCUGCGAAUGCAAGCCCGAAUGACCAGUCUUGUAUCGGUCCUAACAGUUUAACGCGUCAACUUGUGUCCACCCAGUGCGUUCAACAGCUCAUUGAUGCUAUGCUCAGAGGCGGCAACCCGUUGACCGUCGGAGUGGGCAUUGUCAUUGAGGUAAUUCGCAAGAAUAAUUCCGACUAUGACCCAGAGAACCUCGGCGGUCCUGAUUCAUUGCUUACGACUUACGAUCCAAUCUACCUUGGAACGUUACUGCGUCUCUUUGCCAAACAUAUCCCUCAAUUCAUGGCUCUCAUUCAAAGCUCCCAACACACCAUCCAUGACGGAAACAAGCUCAAGACUGUCGAAAGAGGAAAGCUGAGCUCUGCGUGGGGCGGAAAAAUUGAGCCCCUCGGCUUCGAUCGUUUCAAGACAUGUGAAUUGAUGGCAGAGUUGCUUCACUGCAGUAACAUGGGACUCUUGAAUGAACCGGGCAGUGACGAGUAUGUGAAGCAGAGAGACGAAGAGCGAGAGAGGUUGAUUCGAGAAGGUGUUUUCGAUUCUCGUCCAGACGAGCACUCUGGAGUUGACUAUAAUGAUACCACAGUCGACUUCGCAAAUGAAUCAGCCUUGGAUCCCGGAUCUCCAGAAGAUGUGAAGAUCACAGAAGCACCACAAGCCGGCGAAGAAGAAGGCUUUGAGGACGUUGGGGCAUCCGGUGUUCUGGUUGACGAGAAGUCCGGUGCGGGCAAAACGACGAGUAUAAACCUGCAGCCAACAGAAACGGCCAGUGAGCUUCCUUCGACGGAGAGAACAACCAUUGAUGAAUCUACAAAUGCGCCUCAGCCCUUCAACGAAAUCAUCGACCCAUCAUCGCCCAGCAUCGGUCUUCCUGAUCAAGUUGGUGGCAUGAAGCUUGAGAAUGAACCGCAAAGCGAGCAGCAAACGGAUGGAAAGGACAACAAAGAGCCUGUGACCCCUGCACCUGAUGAUGUUCCGGCCCCUCUCUUCUCGAAAGAACAAGCACCAGAAUCGACCUCGACCCCUGUCGAUCAACCAAAACAGCCUUCCGUCAAUGAACAACCUGAGGAAACAAGCAUCGUGAAUGACGGCGGGGAUGAGGACUCAGCCGAACAAUACAUUCAACUCGAUACUGACGGGCAGCCUGUGGUCGGUGAUUACUUGAAGAUUCAGUUUGUGGAAAACAAAGUAGUACCAACGAUCUUGGGCUUCUUCUUCCGUUUCCCGUGGAACAAUUUCCUCCACAACGUCGUUUACGAUGUAAUUCAACAAGUCUUCAACGGGCCCAUGGAGCGUGGUUAUAACCGGGCACUUGCAGUCAAUGUGUUUGAUACGGGCCGCAUCACCACUGCAAUUGUUGAAGGUCAAAAGCGCAGCGAUGAGGCCCAGAAGACAAAGCAAAUUCGUCUUGGAUACAUGGGACACCUCACUCUAGUUGCAGAGGAAGUCGUGAAGUUCAGCGAGCGCCACCCGCCCGAGCUGCUUUCCAGAUCUGUCAUGGAGAGCGUCCUGAAUCCGGACUGGAUUGAGUAUGUGGAGCAAACUCUGUCCGAAACACGGGAUCGGGACAAUGCUAUCCUAGGCGGCGUCCGCCCGGAUAUGUCGGUUGGGUCUCGCCAGGCUAGCCUGAACAACACUGGCUCCGCGCAAGGAUUCUCUAACUCGAAUGCUCUAUCGGAUGCAGGGUUGAAUGGGGGCAUCGGUGGCUCGACUUUCCAGAGCUUUGACCUCAAUCAAGGAAGUGUCUCCGGAGGAGCUUUCGGCGGUGGUGGCACCUCCCUUCUGAGUGGAUUUGCCAGCUCGAGUGAUGAUGAGGAUGAAGAAAUGGAAGACCCGGAAGAUAGGGAUUCUGGAAAUGCCAACCAGGGCGAUUCUGACAAUGUGUCAACAAGCUCAGCCAGCCAACCAAUUCCAAUCCUACCCCCGCCUCCUGCUCCACUGAGCUUGGGUCCAUCCCGGGCGCGGCGUCAGUUAGCAGCGCGUCUUGCCGCCCAAAAACAACAAUCUGAAAACCCAGAGGGCAAUGGUGAGAAUAGAGGCGAAGGGAAUGAGGACCGAGAGUCAACCUGGUCAAGGAACCCAUUCGUAAUCGCAGGUAUCGACGAUGAUGCCGAAGGUCCCAACUCAGCGUUCCCCAACAGUGAUUUUGGCUCCAACACCAAACACUCCCCUACAUUCCCAGAAUCAGGAUUCAGCCCUCCGGAUUCCCUGUCCACCAAUUCAUCCGACGAUGAAAAAGAUGGCCGCGCGGAAUCCGUCAGACGCCAGGUCCGGGUUCCCCUCGAAGUUGACGACGACGACGACGAGAUGGGCGAGAUGGUUGGACCUAGCAGCAUUGGCAUGAUGGACUCGGACGACGAAGAUGAAGCCAUCAUCAAUGAAUCUCUCGGUUACUCCAACCUCUCGGGCCCUGGCCGAUACAAAAACUUUAGCCAAUCCCGAGCUGUGAGCUCCCAUUACGAAGAUGAGCAAAACGACAGCAGUGACGGAGAGGAUGAUGGGCUGGUAGAGAUCCUGGUCCCUGGCCGCAAGUCUUCAACCUCAAACUAA